AUUGAUACAGUUAUUCGGUUUGUGUAUUCAAUAGACAUCGGUCGUAUAUUAUUAUUGACAUUAGUAAAUACGAAGUGAUUGAAGAAACAGUGCUGUUUCCUGAAGAGAUAGAAACAAUGGAUGCUAAUAAUGAGAACAGUGAAGGAACAGAAGAUAAUAUAACACUUUUAUACGAUAGUAUUCGAUUUAAAAGUGGCCAACGUAUAAAUCGUUUUAAUAAUGUACCAAGAGAUGUGGACACUUCUACUGUAGAAACGGAAAAGCAAGGGGUACAACAAAAGAACGUUAGAAAAAGAAAGGUACUAUCAAGAACAGCAUUGACAUACGAAUUAGAAAAGUUCGAAUUGAAAAUUCUUCUUAUUUUCAAUCAUAUAAAGGUUAUCAAUCAUGAGGAAAGACGAGGCACCGAAGAAGAUGUUAAAUCUUUGAAAUGUACAUUUGGAAAUUUUGGAUUCACUGUAACAGAAUACGUUGACCUAACGGAAAAGCAAAUUAAAAAUACAUUAAAAGACUUUACAAGCAAGAACCUGAGCAAUUAUGGUUGCAUAGCGGUAGCUGUUCUUACCCAUGGUUCCUACGAUGGUGAAUUGAUGGCGGCAGAUACAUCGUACAACGAAAAGAUGAUCGUAGAAUACCUGAAAGCGGGCGAUAAUAACACAUUAAUUACUAAGCCUAGGAUUGUAAUUAUACAGGCUUGCAGAGGCAAGGGUGAUAUAAAGGCUGUUACGGUAUCAGGAACAGAAGAAAACGAUAUUUUUACUGAUGCCAUUAACGAAUCGGAGUCUUAUACUUUGCCUAUGGAGGCAGACAUUUUGGUCUUACAUAGCUGUUACGAGGGAAAUCCGGCUCAUAGGACCGACAAAGGUUCAUGGUUCAUAAAGACCCUCUGCGAGGAAAUAGACAGGCUCGCGGCCACGGAAGAUUUGGAGUCAAUCAUAACUGUGGUCAAGCGGAGGGUAGCUAUAGACUAUAUACAUGAAAAAUACGACUCAAUAAAAACGGAAUAUUCUUACAACAAACAGAUGCCAGUGUCCACCUCUACAUUUACAAGGAAAUUGUAUCUGAGAAGAUAUAAAGAGGUAAGUGAGCAAACAGAAGUCAGCAUUACUGCACGUGAUGAACCAUCGCCACAAGAAUUAGACGUCGUGCCUACUCAAAUGGUCAAAACAGUUCGAUAUGUUGUCCGAACGAUUGUAUAUACGACUGUUCCGACCCUAUAGUGAAUUAUUUAAGCACCCGCAAUGUUCUGAAGAAAGGCGUUAUGCGACGUAAUACUGUUAUCAAAUGACACUGUCACUGAUUCUGAUAAAACGUUUCUUCUACCUUUGCCACGUAGUGACCAAGAGCUUUUGAAGACUAAGCCCUGCAUGUACUCGGAGAUGACCAGGUGAAAGAAGUAAUGGGAGCAAAUGACUACUGCUGUAUUUGCAAGUAGGGUUGCCGUCUCUAGAAUUUGGCAACCAGGACAAGAUGCAUUGAAAACCCCGGAUUUUAGAGCCCAGAACCCGGAAAUAUCAACAGGUUUUUUAAACAUAGUGUAAUAAAACAUAGUUGAAUAUA